GGUAGUGACUCGUAUACGCACUAUUCACCCCGCUAUAAGCUGCGCGCUAAGAUACAACUCUCUGUGAGUGGCUAGAAGUACGACGCAACCUUACGCCUUACCCUUGUCUGGUAUUGUUGGCCGCGGCGGUCACAGGGUCUUUGAUGGUGGCACAGAGAGCGGGACAGGGUAACGAGCUAAAUAAUGUCACCAAUAAAUACCUCCUCGGUCGCCGUUGCGAGUGAGACAUCGAAGUUGCGUCCUACUAUUUGCACCCAACUCGAGCCAUUGCGCACACGACACUCAAAUCCGUGCUAAUCCUUGUCAACUUGAAAGGUACACAACGUCAUCAUGGCUUCCGCUGCGGAGGGUCAGCCUGGGCUCUACAAUUCCACGAGCAAGGACGACAUCGAACGCCGCGGCAGCGUCGCAAAGACCGAGAAGGGAAGAUGGGACCGCCUUUGGCCUGUGAUAGCAUGUGGCGCAGGUCUGUUCAGUGAUGGCUAUCUCAACAACAUCAUCGGACCCGUCAAUACAAUGCUAAAAAGAAUCUACCCCAAAGAAUAUACGAACUCCUCUGCACAAGCCAAUGUGUCCAGCAUCACAUUUGCCGGGACAGUUGUCGGCAUGCUAUUUUUCGGUUACACGUCAGAUCACUUUUCCCGGAAAUGGUCGCUCUUCGCCUCGACUAUCAUCAUCCUUGUUUUUGCGGCGCUUGGGACCGGGUCAUAUGGAGCUGGUGGAACUGCUGAUGGGCUGCUCAAAGCGCUGGUGGUGUAUCGCUUCUUCUUGGGAAUUGGUAUCGGUGGAGAGUACCCUGCCGGUAGUGUUGGGUGUGCUGAAUCGACAGGCGAGCUAAGGGAGGGCACCCGGAACAAGUGGUUUAUCCUCUUCACCAACGUCCAAAUAGACUUGGCAUUCGUCGUCGCUGCCAUCGUUGCGACCGUCGUUGUUGUCAUCACAGGAGAAGAUCACCUUCGAGUCGCCUGGCGCAUCUGUCUCGGCAUUGGCAUAAUCCCACCACUCUCGCUUCUCUAUCUCCGCCUCAAGCUUCAGGAACCAGAGGCCUUCAAACGCGAAUCACUUGCGAAAGCGAAGACCCCGUGGUUACUGAUUGUCAAGUACUACUGGUUCCGUCUUAGCAUCGUCAGCAUCAUCUGGUUCAUCUAUGAUUUCAGCUCGUACUCAUUCGGUAUCUACGGAACCUCUAUUCUGGCCAACCUGCUCGGCGACUCCGCACCGCUGUGGAAGUCGUUUGCAUGGAAUAUCCUGCUAAACUUCUUCUAUCUGCCGGGGUGUUUGGCCGGUGCGUUUGUUGCAGACCUGCCUUCUAUGGGCCCGAAGAAAACGUUGUGUAUCGGUGUGGCGUUGCAGGGCAUCAUUGGAUUCAUCAUGGCUGGCUGCUAUCCGUGGCUAAACAAACCUGAGAAUGUCGCGGGAUUCGUAGUCGUCUAUGGAGUAUUUCUUGCGCUUGGCGAGUUUGGGCCUGGCGAUAAUAUCGGCCUGGUCGCCUCCAAAACUUGUGCGACUGGUAUUCGCGGACAGUACUACGGAAUUGCUGCUGCAAUCGGCAAAAUUGGCGCCUUUGCCGGAUCCUACGCGCUCGAUUCUCUGCAGAAAGCAGCCGGCGACGACAGGAACGCUGCAGGACGCAAUCCUUUCUUCGUCGCAUCAACGCUUGCUUUUGUAGCAGCAGGUCUAGUGUUGCUUCUACCGCACAUCGGCCAGGAUACGAUUGAUAAGGAAGACGUCAACUUCAGAGAGUAUUUGACGGCUAAUGGGUAUGACACGAGUAAAAUGGGGCUGGAGAGCGCGAGCACGACGAGCAGUGAUGGUGAAGUGGGCGUUUCGACACCGACAAAGAAGGUGGUAAAGAACAAUCAUUAAAUGGGUGGAGAGAAGGAACAGGUGAGGAAGAGAGAAGAUGAUCAUAAUUAGGAGGUUUCUAGACCUAGCGGAAGAUGCCUGUAAAUACAACUUACCACUUCCGGACUUCGCGAUCUACCCUUUGAGGACGCUGAUUUUCUCGUUGCACAAUCUUCAUACGCCCCGGGCUCUAACUUUCGACCACUCGAAAAGGCUAUUCAAUUCACAUGCUGCCGG